AACCACUUUUAGGGAGCGUAAAAUUUCCGCAAAACGAAUUUGUGCGCACAAUCCAGUACGUUCCGACUACCAGCCGACAUUCGCCCUGGAUGCUGCUCUUUCAUAGUAGUUUUUAACGUUGAUUCCGAAAGUGCGCAACGGUAGCAACGGUCACACAGCACAGUUAUUGACACAACAAUAGCAACAAUAAUUUGAAUUUACUUAUUUUUAUUUUCGCAUUUGAAGUGUUCAUUUAAUUAAUAAAUAUGAGUUUCCUGAAAGCGACAGCCGUGUCCAGGCACUGCAGUGGUGCACUGAAAGGUUUGGCAUGUCCUAGAAAUUAUGCUACCCUGGCAGAACCUGCAGCGCCAGCUGUCAAAACGCAAACUGUGCCAGGUCCUAAAUCACUGGAAUUGAAGGGCAAAUUGAGUGCCAUACAAAACGCCGAACCAGUUCAACUUUUCGCUGACUAUGAAAAGUCUAUUGGCAAUUAUCUGGUCGAUGUCGAUGGCAAUGCCUUGCUCGAUGUGUACACACAAAUUUCAUCAAUGCCAUUGGGCUACAAUCAUCCGCGCCUCUUGAAUGUCUUCCAAAAUGAUAAAAAUCUAAAAACUUUAAUUAAUCGUCCAGCUUUGGGAGUUUUCCCUGGAAAGGAAUGGCCGGACCAUUUAAAUGCUAUCCUUAACAAAAUUGCACCCAAGGGCCUUAAGAAUUUGACUACAAUGAUGUGUGGAUCGUGCUCAAAUGAAAAUGCAUACAAAAAUAUAUUUAUUUGGUACCGUCGCAAUCAGCGUGGUGAAAAUGUCGACUUCUCAGAGGCCGAAAAACUAUCUUGCAUGGUUAACCAAGCGCCAGGCUCGCCACCAUUGAGCAUACUCUCAUUCAAGGGCGCAUUCCAUGGACGCACUUUGGGUGCACUCGCGACCACACACUCUAAGUACAUACAUAAAAUCGAUGUACCGUCAUUCGAUUGGCCAAUCGCAUCAUUCCCAGCAUAUAAAUAUCCACUCGCUGAAAACGAACGUCAUAACAAGCAAGAAGACGAGCGUUGUUUAGCCGAAGUUGAAGAUCUAAUUGUGCAGUACAACAAAAAGGGUAUACCAGUGGCGGGUAUUGUAGUUGAACCCAUACAGAGUGAAGGUGGUGACAACGAGGCAUCACCCGAAUUCUUCCAAGGGCUGCAAAAAAUCGGUAAACGUCAUGGUGCCGCCUUACUGAUCGAUGAGGUACAAACCGGUGGCGGUAGUACUGGUAAAAUUUGGUGUCACGAACACUUCAACUUGGAUGGACCACCCGAUGUGGUGACAUUCAGCAAAAAAAUGCAAUUGGGCGGUUACUUCCACAAGGAAGAGUUCCAACCCGCACAAGGUUAUCGUGUCUUCAACACCUGGAUGGGUGAUCCAAGCAAACUGUUGCUGCUGGAAGAAGUUAUCGAUGUCAUUAACGAAGAGAAUUUACUCAAGAAUGUAAAUGCUGCCGGUAAAGUGCUUAAGGAUGGUCUCUUAGCUUUGGAAAAAGAAUAUCCACAUAUCCUAAAUUCGACAAGAGGUCGCGGCACUUUCUUAGCGGUGAAUUGCGCAAGCAGCAAGGCACGCGAUGAUUUCGUUGGCCGCCUCAAACGUAAGGGCAUACAAACUGGUGGUUGCGGUGAAGUCGCAAUUCGUUUCAGACCAGCUUUGAUAUUCGAAGAGAAACAUGCACACAUCGUUUUGGAUGGCUUCAGAAGCGUGUUGAAAGAAUUGUAAACUGUUAGCAUAGCUACCACACAUGCAUGAGCUGCUGCCUCUCCUUGCAUUUAGCACCAAAUAAAUAUGUAUGUUGAUAAUAACGGCUUAAGCCAAUUUAUAGCGUUAAAAGGAAUUUGCGCAAAAGUAUUUGAAUACUUAGUAUAAUUUAUCAUAUCAAAUUUUAUAUGUUUGAUAGGAUUAUGAGAAUUUAUUAAGCCAAAAGCGUUCUCCUUUUUGAAGGUUAAGGCAUAAAAUACACUACUAAAUCACAAAUGAUGAAUUGUGCUCUGAAAAUUUGCUUCCAAUAAAUAACGAAAUUUAUUUACUAAACACAAAA